AUGCGGCCUUUGACAGAGACAGAGACACGGACGCUGUUUGAAAAGCUUGCGCAGUACAUUGGACGCAAUAUCACACACCUCAUUGAUCGUCCGGAGGAUCCACAUUGCUUCCGGAUACAAAAAGAUCGAUGCUACUAUGUCAGUGAGCGCAUCAUGAAGGUCGCUACGAGUGUCGCAAGGGAGAACUUGGUCGCACUGGGCACACCAUUGGGCAAAUUCACAAAGACUGGCAAGUUUCGAUUGCAUGUCACGGCGCUGGAUGUGAUCGCACGACAUGCCAAGUAUAGAAUCUGGGUCAAGGCGAACGGCGAGAUGCCAUAUCUCUAUGGCAAUCAUGUUCUCAAGGCGCACGUUGGCCGCAUCUCUGAAGAUACACCUGAACAUCAAGGCGUGGUGAUCUUCUCAAUGAAUGAUGCGCCGCUUGGCUUUGGCGUCACGGCCCGGUCAACGGUAGAUUCUCGCAAGUUGCAGCCGACAGACGUUGUUGCCUUCCAUCAGACUGAUCUCGGCGAGUUCCUCAGAGAUGAGAGCGUAAGGAUUGUCUUUAUUCAGUUUCAAUUGACUAACAGAUAG